CUUUACGGUAGUCACAUUAAACCGGUAACAGUCGUGAAUGACAUUUGUCCCAAUGCAGUAUUUUCUCUUUUACAAUCAUGAAUGAGAAAUUACUUUAAUUUCAACGAGAUCAGCACUAAAUAACUUGGAUCAUCUUACAAAAUGUCGGAAAAGACAAACCUACAGGAUGCUGAUGGCAAAGUCAGCCGGGUGAUCCGUGUUGGCACCAGAAAAAGCCAGCUGGCUCGAAUUCAGACUGACAGUGUUGUAGAGAAACUCAAGGAGUUACACCCUGAUGUUCAUUUUGAAAUAGUGGCUAUGUCAACAACAGGAGAUAAAAUACUUGACACAGCUUUAUCCAAAAUUGGUGAAAAGAGUCUCUUCACAAAGGAACUGGAAAAUGCUUUGGAAAAAAAUGAGGUGGACCUGGUUGUGCACUCUUUGAAAGACUUGCCAACUGUUCUUCCUGUGGGCUUCACUAUAGGAUCUGUGCUGAAGCGAGAAAACCCCCAUGAUGCUGUUGUCUUGCACCCCAAACAUAAAGGCAAAUGUCUAGACUCUCUAGCCAACAAGAG